AUGUCAACCACUCAAUUCAAACGCCUUGUCCGUUUUGUUCCCCGCUCUGAUACGAGCUCCAUCUUGAUCGGGCAACCAGUCUCCGAAGAUGUCGAUGUUGGGCUAGCUCUUUUCAACGGCGAUGAGGUCGCCAUCGAAGUCUUCUCGGGAAACUCGAUCCUAAAUCCAGGAGAGAAGACAGGCGCGAAAGAAAUCAUUGAACGAGUCUUAUCGCCUUUGACAGCGAGUGAAGUAGGCACCGUUCGAUGCAUCGGUCUAAACUACAAGCAACACGCCGACGAAGUGGGAAUCACUGAUUUGCCAACCAUCCCAACUGUCUUUAUGAAGCCCAGCACGGCCGUAGGAGAUCCUUGGCCAGCGCCAACCAUUCUUCCUAAGUUGACACAGUUGGAUGACUGUGGAGACUACGAAUCUGAACUGGCCGUUGUCAUCGGCAAGACUGCAAAGAACGUGUCUGAGGCGGAUGCCAUGAACUAUGUGCUGGGGUAUACUGCCUGUAACGACGUGUCGAGCAGAACAAGCCAGUUUGCCCAGUCCCAGUGGUCGUACUCCAAAGGAUUCGAUGGAUCCUGCCCUCUAGGGCCUACCCUUGUGUCCACCGCCACAGUGCCAAAUCCUUCGAAGUUUCGAGUGCGAGGUUUAAAGAAUGAUGAGCUCUUGCAAGACUGCGGAGUAGACGAUCUUAUUUUCGCUAUCCCCAAAGUUGUGAGCUUCUUAUCUCAGAGCACCACAUUGCUUCCGGGAACAGUAAUCAUUACCGGUACACCUGCAGGAGUUGGAAUGGCAAAGUCUCCAAAGGUUACUCUCAAGCAUGGAGACCAGUUCAAGGUCGAGAUAAAACCUUAUAUCGGGACACUCAUCAACGUUUUCCAGAACGAGUAA